AUGUUGGUCCCGCUAUUUACUCUCGGAAUUCUCUAUGCCCUUGUAUUUCUGGGUCGACGAGAAAAAGAUCUUCCGCCUGGACCACCAACCAUACCAAUUGUAGGGAAUGCCCAUCUGAUACCACGAAAGGGAGCACAUUUUACAUUUAUUGAGAUGGCCAAGGAGUAUGGUGGCAUGUUCUCACUCAAAAUCGGCUCCAAUACUCUUAUCAUUCUGAGCGAUCGACGAAUUAUCAAAGAGGUGCUAGACAAAAGCAGCUCCGUAUCAAGCAAUCGACCAAAUCUAUCAGUGGCUCAUACAAUCACGGGUGGUGAUCAUUUGCUCUUUAUGGAUUCUGGGACAGAAUGGAGACUCUUCCGAAGAUUGUUGCACCAGGAAUUCAUGUCAUCGCGAUGCGACAACCUCCACAUCCAAACACAAAACGCGGAGGCUGUUCAGAUGCUACGGGACUUUAUAAUCUAUCCGGACCAAUAUAUGCUGCAUGCCAAACGCUUUAGCAAUAGCAUUAUCAUGAGUCUCCUCUUCGGGAUGCGAACGCCAACCUUUGAUACGCCACACAUGCAAAAGCUCUACCGAUUAAUGGACCACUGGUCUAAAAUCAUGGAGAUCGGAUCCACGCCACCGGUAGAUGUUUUCCCAUUGCUUAAAUUUAUCCCCGAACAAUUUUUAGGGAACUGGAAAUCACGAAGUUUGGAGGUACAACGUGAAAUGGUCGAUCUCUAUGGAGAAAUUGUGAGACAUGUCAUGCACCGCUGGAAGACAUCUGGUGGCCGUGGGUGUUUCAUGGAUAACGUUUUGGACCAAAAUGGGAAAUUGGGACUCAACGAUCACCAGCUUUAUUUCCUCGGUGGAGUAGCCUUGGAAGGUGGAUCCGAUACCUCUUCUUCUGUUAUCAACACUUGCAUGCAUGCUUUGGUCCAGUGGCCUGAGAUCCAGAAGAAAGCUCAAAGAGAGAUUGACGGCUUUGUUGACGAGACCCGGACACCUGUCUGGUCCGACUUUGCUAAACUGCCUUAUGUCACACAGGUUGUCAAGGAGGCGCAGAGAUGGCGUCCAGUGGGUGGACUUGGCAUACCUCGUGUUCUCACUGAGGACUACUGGAUCGACGGCAAAUUCUUACCCAAAGGAGCCACCAUCAUGACGAAUCUGUGGGAAUUGCAUCAUGAUGAAAAGCGAUAUGCAAAUCCAGAUGUCUUUGAUCCGGACCACUACGCUGGCUAUACAAAGUUGGCACCUGAAUAUCUCACCGCCAGUGAUCCUGUGGCUCGAGAUCAUUAUGCCUACGGGAACGGACGCCGGGUGUGUCCCGGAAUACACCUUGGCGAGCGGAACAUCUUCUUGGGAAUCUGCAAACUCCUCUGGGCUUUUGAGUUUAAGAAGGCAGUCGACGAAAACGGAAACCCCAUUGAGACUGAUAUUAAUCCGACUACUGCGUACAGUGAAGGGUUUAUAAUCUCUGCAAACAACUUUCCUUGCCAAAUCAUACCCCGCUCUGAGAAGCGCAAGGAGACGAUAAUGCGCGAGUUCGCUGAAUUGGAGCAUGUAUUCUCAAAGUAUGAAACGGUAUAA